AUGACGGACAACUUGGCGUGGCGCCUAGUGACGGCCAAGGACAUCGAUGCGCUUGCGGCGAUCCACGACUCGAUUGCAUGCCGCCAAAUCUUGUACGACAUCUUUGCUUUCCAUGGAUUGGCGUCCUCGACGUCCGCGCCAUUGGACUUGCUCCUCGACCUUUACAUGUACCUGUACUCGUUCUGCAAAGAACACGAAUUGACGCCGCUCAAGACGUCGGUGGUGCUGGCGAUCAUGCAUCGAGUCAUCCUACGCGACUUAUUCCUUCAGUCGCAUGACCAUGGGAAGCAGUCGCCUUGGACGCUUCCAGAGAGCUUUGAGCACUUUCAGUCGCUCCUACUGCAACAUAGCGUUGAGCGGCCGCCCGUGAGCACAGGCAUUUUCGACGCGGUCGAUGUGGCGACCACGGUGGAAUAUGUGACGCACAGCUACUACCGCCAAUACCACCUUUACCAAACCAUAUUCAUUCCUCAAACGCAUGUGUCCAUUGUGCAGGUCUGGUAUUUCGUCACGUUGGUCCACUAA